AUGAGAUAUUUCACUGUGGAUAUCCCAACCUUUGGUCGUGGCACCACCCUGGUUGUUACAGACAGGUCAGUGGAGCGGCCCAAAGUGAGCGUCUACCCAGCGACGAGAGCUGAUUUAAAGGGCCGGCGCUCCCUGCUGUGUGUGGCCAGAGACAUGGUCCCUGAGGAGGUCCAGUUCUCCUGGAGGAGGAGAGGGGGGGUGGAGCCCAGAGGACCGACAUACCCUGCCAGCAUCCUGGUUAUUGAUCAGGGAGAAACCCUCAUGGAUCCAUACAUCUGUAGUGUUCAGCAUGAGAGCGGUCUGCAGGAGGUGGAGUUCCCAGAUAUAACCUUGACGUCAGAAGGCCACGGGAUGACAGAAAUGACCUUGACUUCAGAAGGCCCCGGAAAGACAGAUGUUACCUUAGCGACGGCAGUAACUACGGACCCCCGGCGUCCAGGGAGACCCAGAGAAGGUCCUUCAGAUGAAACACACCAGUCCCUCCAGGUGCUGUCCAGAGCCAGGCUGGCGUCUGUGCUCUACACAGUGAUGGUGGUGAAGAGUGUGCUCUGCUGCUGUGGCCUGGCUCUCCUGCUCCUCCACACCAACAAGACCAGCAGGACGCCCAGAACCAGCACCACCACAGCGCUGGAAUGA